UCCAAAAGCGCAGCUUCGGAAAGCGCAAAUCCAAAAGCCAUGAUGCUCUCUGCAAACCACUCCAAGUACAAGCGUGUGCAAUGCUAGUCCUUACCAAGGGGGAUUCCUGCUGAGAUAACCACACUUACUACAGCCUUCUUAGCAGCCUUCUCUAGUACAGAAAGCACUCUUUUUAUUUAUUUUUUAUUUAGUUCAAGUUGGCAAAAUAAUACAGUUUAUAAAUCAAGUUUUACAGAACGAGUGGUACUCAGAGAUGGGGCUGGACAGUACAGAGUGCUGGGAUGUUAAGAAAUGGCUAUAAAUCACCGAUAAUCUGCGUGUGCUUUCUGCAUCGGAUUCGGUUUUAUGAUAAUUGAAAAUGAAAAUUAUUUGUUGAGAUCACAGCUGAUUGAUUUGUCAUUAUCGUACCUGCAGUUUUAAUGAGGUCUCUUCUUAUGAAAAGGAGGCGCACUGCUGGAUAGAGUACCCUUUUAAACUGUGCUCACUUUCUUUUUUAUAUAUACAUUUUUUAAGGGGGCAAGGAAAGUAGUCAAGGUUUCUUAAACUAAAAUUUAUUUAUAUUUAUAACACAUCAGAAAGUAUCUGGUGGAUUUGUGAGUGCUUGCUGGGUGUUCACAGAAAGUCCAAGAAGAAAUCUGGAGGGAAGCAUCAAAGGUAGAGUGUAUGAAGAAAGGUUGGAUUUGAAGGCGCCUGCCUGGAAGUCGUGCGGUGGAUUUGAAGAUGCUGUUUGGGAAUCUGGCGGGUAGACUUCCACUUUUCAUCACAUUCCUGGUGUUGACAUCUGAUUACUGGGCAACCCUAAACCUGGGAGAGAGCCAUGAUGCCCGCAGGAUAAGAAGAGAGGUAAAGCAGCGCCCUAGUGAUGGGUCCAGCACUUCCUCUCCCGGUAUGUGUGCCACUAGGUUGCCCAGAGGCAAGCGUUCAUUGUUUGGGCUAUCUCACUCCCUCCACUACCACCAACACCGGCAGCGUCACCGAGGAAUUCUGCAGCAUCCCGAGGAGGAGCAGGUUUCCAACCCAGGCAAAAUGUUGUACUUCACCGGUCAUCGAGACCAAAUGAAACUCAGGCCUGGUAUUGAGCUACCCAGAGGGCAAUUCUCUGCGGAGAUGUGGAUCCAACCAGAGGGAGGGCAACAGGUGCCAGCAGUGCUAGCAGGUCUUUAUAACAAAUGUACUUAUACAGCAGCCGACUCUGGAUGGGUGCUUGGGAUUAAUGCAGUGCGUGAUAAGGGUACCAGAGAGCCUCACUUCUUCUUUUCCCUAAGAACUGAAAGAGCUCACAAAAAUACAACUAUCUUCUCUCACCAGUCAUACCUCUCUAACCAAUGGACACAUGUGGCAAUAACAUACAAUUUACGGAAAAUGAAGCUUUAUAUCAAUGGCGCCCAGGUGGCAGUAAGUGAUGAACAAGUUGGAGACCUGUUCACUUCCUUAACUAGGAAGUGCAAAAUCCUUAUGAUUGGAGGAAAUACUGCAGGACAGAAUUACCGUGGUUAUCUGGAGCGCUUCAUUUUAUGGAAGGAAGCGCGAACAGCAAAACAAAUUUUACAUGAUAUGAAACAAUUUGUCAUUGGGGAAACAACUCUUCUACCUCAACUGGUAUUAAAAGACAAUUUCAGUAAUAUAAUACAAUAUUGGUUACCUACAAAGGAUGGAAAAUAUCCUCAAACUGAAGUUAGUUUUCACAAUGGCUGGCUAUUAGACACGGGUCUGCAGCCUCCUCCAUGUGGCCAGACAAUCUGUGACAAUGUCAAUGUCAUCACAAACUACAAUAAUAUGUCAUCUUUUCGCCAUAUGAAAGUAGUGCGUUAUAGGGUUGUAAAUAUAUAUGAUGAUAAUCAUCAGCACCCAAUGGUCACAGAUAAACAGAUCACGUUUCAGCAUGAGGAACUUGUAAAUGCUUUCAGAAGGUAUAACAUAUCCUGGGAACUUACAGUUGUGGGUAUCAGCAACUCUUCCUUGAGGAAUCGCCUUGUCUUGGUUAACUGUGACAUCAGCAAAAUUGGAGAUGAUCGUUGUGAUAUUGAGUGCAACCAUACUCUAACAGGAUAUGAUGGUGGUGACUGUCUUAGGGUACGAAGAGUAAUGUUUUAUAAUAAAGGAGUCGCCAACGGUGUAUGUGACAUGGAGAACAAUAAUGAGAGGUACAACUUUGAUGGUGGAGAUUGCUGCAAUGCACAGAUUACUGAUGUGACUAAGACAUGUUUUGACCCCAAAUCACCAAACAGAGCAUAUCUGGAUAUCAAAGAAGUGAAGAAUAUUUUACGACUGGAUGGUUCAACACAUCUCAACAUAUUCUUUGCAAACUGUUCAGAUGAGGAACUAGCAGGGGUUGCAACUUGGCCUUGGGACAAAGAUGCUUUAACACAUCUAGGUGGAAUUGUAUUGAGUCCUUCAGUUUAUGGAGUCUCUGGACAUACGGACACAAUGAUUCAUGAAAUUGGCCACAGCUUGGGACUCUACCAUGUCUUUAAGGGGAUUUCAGAGGUACUUUCCUGCAGUGAUCCCUGUAUGGAAGUGGAACCUUCAUUUGAGACUGGUGAUCUCUGCGCUGACACCAAUCCAGUCCCAAAACUAAAGAUGUGCAAUGAUCCUGGUCCAGGAAAUGAAACAUGUGGAUUUGUGCAUUUUAAAAAUACUCCCUUCAGGAGCUACAUGAGCUAUGCAGAUAAUGUCUGCACAAAUUCUUUCACACCCAAUCAAGUUGCACGAAUGCACUGCUACUUGGAUUUAGUCUACAAGACCUGGCAAACUAGUAAGAAGCCAGCACCAGUUCCUAUUGCUCCUCAAAUAGUGCAUCGGGAUUCAUCCUCCUUAACACUGGAGUGGUUUCCACCUCUUGACAACCAUUUCUAUGAAAGUGAAUUGGGAGAAAACUGCAACCAGUGUCUUGAAGACAGAGUUUUUCUGCAGUAUGCUUUUAAUGCCUCCUCCAAAACUCCAUGUGAUCCAGCAGGACACUGGAGCCCCAGUGAAGCAGAAGGGCCUCCAGAUGCUGAUCAGUUUUGCAAAUCCAGUAUCCGAACAUGGUCUCCUAAUUACUCUGUUGGCCCCAAUAUUGUCCCUCCAAUUUGUCCUGAGCCUAUUGGUUGUUACCUGGAGCUGCAUUUCCGCUAUCCUUUAAUCCCUGAAUCUCUUACUGUAUGGGUCACUUAUGUGUCAGUGGAAGUCGAUGUUGCAAUCCAUGAUAUCAGACUGCUAACUGUGAAAGGGAAUAAUAUCUCUCUUGGACCUCAGAAGGUGUUCUGUGAUAUUCCAUUAACUAUCAAGUUAUCCAUUUCAGAGGAAGUUUAUGGAAUUGAGAUAUAUACAUUGGAUGAAUACUUGGAAAUAGAUGCUGCUAUGCUUGUUUCGGUACCUCAGAGUCACUACUGUUCUAGAUGUAAACCAAUUAAGUACAAAAUUAUACGGCAUCCACCAUUUCAACAUGGCCGUGCUGUCAUGAUUAGAGACUUGCGUAAACGGUUCAGGGACAUGGAUGUAAAGCUGAGUACAUUAUAUACCUAUCAAGUGUUCACAGUUUCAGGGCAAGAGGAGAGUCAGCCUUCACCAUCACUUGUUUAUGAGCAUGGAAAAGGGUACUGUGGAGAUGGUGUUGUACAGCAAGAACUUGGAGAAGAAUGUGAUGACCAGAACAAGAUGAAUGGAGAUGGCUGCACUUUCCUUUGUAAGCUGGAGCUUUCCUUUCAUUGUGUUGAUGAGCCUAGCAUGUGUUACUUUCAUGACGGUGAUGGAAUCUGUGAAGAAUUUGAGAGAAAGACAAGCUUCAAGGAUUGUGGUGUGUACACACCCAAUGGCUUCCUAGAUCAGUGGGCAUUUAAUAUUUCUACCUCACACCAACAUGAAGUGGACUGCCCAGGAUCAGUGGUCAUUGGACAACCAGCAGCUUUUGAGGGGUGUAGAACAGAGGUGAGCGAGUUUGAAAAAGAAGUGUCACAGUAUGCUUGGUAUCCAUGCAUAGCACACAGCCUUCCAGAAUCCUACAAGUUAAGCAGUUUCUGGCUGAAGGCUUAUUUUGCACAGCCAGCAGUAGCAGUAGCUGUCAUUAUACAUUUUGUUGCGGAUGGGACUCAGUACCCUUAUCCUUUUCCACAUCAAGAACAGGAAAGCAUCACAGUUCAGCUACUGGACACCAAUGGCAAAUCCCAUGAUCUUGGGAGUCAAUUACUGAGCUGCAGAAAUAACCCACUUGUUAUCACAGUUAUUCAUGACCUCAGUCAACCAUUCUACAGGACCCGGGCUGUCUUAAUUAGCUUCAGAUCCAAGUAUGUGGCAAUCUCUGGGGUGGCCCUCCGUUCUUUCCACAACUUUGACCCCAUCACAGUUAGAAACUGCCAAAAUGAUGAGAUCUACAGUCCUGAUAAGCAAAGUUGCAUUCAGUACUCUUGUGAGGCCACUGACUGUCAGGAGCUUAUCAUUAAGAAUGCCGAAAUAAACUGUACAAUCGGUGACUUCACUAACCGAGAGCAGUGUAAUGUGACCUGUACAGCGGGAUACACUCUGCAUAUACAUCGAGAUGGUAACAUUGCCAAGAGUCAGGUGGAGUCCACUGCCUCCGUGAUGUGCCUUGAUGGCAAAUGGAAUAUGCAGGUAAUAUGUGAACCUGUAGACUGCGGAAUCCCCAAUCCAUAUCACGUCUACCCUUCCACAUUCUCCUGUCCUAAUGGUACAAUCUUAGGGAAGCAGUGCACAUUUCAGUGCAAACCACCUGCUCAGAUGCGAGGAACCAAUAACACACUGACCUGCAUGGAAGAUGGGCUCUGGUCUUUCCCUGAGGCUCAUUGUGAGCUCAUGUGCACAGCUCCACCCCACAUGCCCAAUGCCAUACUCCAGACAGCUCGUUGCCAUUCUGGUCGGCACAAAGUUGGCUCUUUCUGCAAAUACAAAUGCGAGCCUGGCUUUCUUGUUUCUAGUUCACCUAAAACAGUCAAAAAGAGAGCUUUCAAGAUCCUAUGUACUGAUAGUGCAACCUGGCAUGGAGAUACUUGUGAGCAUGUGACUUGUGAUCCUCCGCCAGAUGUAUUUCAUGGAGUAUACGAAUGCACAAAUGGCUUCAUUUUCAACAGCAUCUGCUGGAUUAACUGCAAUGACACAGAGCACACUGUGCCAAGCAGCAACAGAAUUCGUUGUAGAAAAGACGGGAAGUGGAGUGGCUCACUUAGAGUCUGUAAGACGAUGCAGGGAGAGUGUCCACCCAUUCCUAGGUUCCGUAAUCUGAAUUUCACCUGCAUGAAAGGAUAUGGCAUUGGUGCAGAGUGUGAACCUGUUUGCCCUGAGAAGAAUACAGAGCCUGUUGUUCUACCAAGUAACAUGACAAUCAAGGAUGUCACAUACUUGAUGAAACCACCAAAGGUCAAGAAAAUUGUCUGUACUGCAGGCCUUCAGUGGUAUCAUUCCCCACAAACAAUCCACUGCCUUAGAAGUUGUGAGAACUUUCCUGGUGAUAACUAUUGUGAUGCCAUCAACAACAGAGCAUUUUGUGACUUUGAUGGAGGGGAUUGUUGUGCUUCAACAGUGAAAACAAAAAAAGAUCAACAACCAUCAAAGAUCUCUGAUGAAUUCAAAUAUCACAGAUCUUCUUUCAUGCCGCCUAUAAAUCAUCAUGUUCCCAUGUUUCAACAAGCUAUGUUAAAAGAACUUCAUUUCCAUUCAAGAUCUAUUCCGCCGUUAUCAAACAAGGUGUCUAAAACAUGUAUGGAGAAUAUCACUAAUCUAGCCAACAAUCAUGAGUUAGUUAUUAUUGGUGCUGAUAAAGGAGGUUCAAUUGUUGUACAGGAUAUCUCACAAUAUGAUCAUGAAGCAUUCAGCCAGUUAUCUAAUGCACGUUAUUAUUCUGAAUUAUCAAUGGAUCCCACACCUAUUUUUUAA